GUUUAUCAAAUCAUUGUUCAACCUGCUAAUAACAAAAAAAUAAACCAAACAAUACUUCGUCAAAGAUUAAUUGAUAAGGUUAAACAACUACCUGAUGAUCAAUUGAAAUCUGCAGCUCUAAAUUUUAUAAAUUUAUCUCUCUAUCAAGCAGGUCAGAAUUUAGACUCAUUAAUUCAAAAAAAUAAAGAACUUCAAAAACAAGUUACUCAAUUAGAACAUUCAAAUGCCAAAAAGAGUCAUAAAGUUAGACAAUUAAUAGGAACAUUGUCACAAUAUGAACUUAAAAAAAGACAUCAUAUAUCAAAAGUACAUGCUGCAGCUUGA